AUGUGGGUGCGGCGCGGCGCCCGAGCAAUGAGGCGGCCCGUGAUUAAUUGUGCGCCGAUGCUAUCGCCGGCGGCCGGCCACGCCGCGGGAUGCCCGCUAAUUAAUUCAGAGGAGCCGCUGCCGAGCACGCCGGCUCCCGGCCUCCACGCUCAGCCCGAUGCUCCGCCAGCUCACUCCCCGCGAUUUGAGGGGACACAGGAUCGGCCGCUGGUGCCAGCCACCCGCGCCCGUGUAGAGUACGAAGGCGGCAUCGGCGCGAGC